AUGGAGAUGGACGCGUCCCCGGCGCCACUGCCGGUCAUGGACAACGCACGCCUCGCCAGGCCGACGUUCGUGCCGCCGGUGGUCGCCCUCGCGGCGCCGGCGCCGCGUCCGGCGCCCGCGGCGCGGCCGCAGUCGCUCACGCUCACGCUCGCGGAGAUCGACGGCAUCAAGGGCCGCGACGGCCGGAAACGGCUUCGGUGGUGGUGUACCACGGCGAUUCCCGGAGAAUGCACCAACGGCGCCGGCGACCCCGAGAGAAGGGACAAGCUCAAGCGCAAGCUGGAGGCCCUGUCGGGCACGUUCACGGUGAGCGACGCGGGCAAGCUCGACAAAUACCCGUGGCCAUCAUAG